GUAAAAACAAUUGGAGGACCAUCACCUUUUACAUCUUGGGUGAUGUAUUCCCGAGCCCCAACUCCAAAAGAGUCAUCAAUCAUCAAGACUGCCAACGCUAAAAUCAACCGCUCUCUCGGGCAAAAGAAGGUAUUGGUUCAGCCGUUUUCACAACCUGUUGAAGAGCAAAGUGAACAAGAUUCCGAAGACGAACCAGCUCCACCGGAUCAUUCUCAGCAAGACAAUUACGAAGACAAAGAUCCUCCUUUGCCCAAAAGGCAAAAGUCCGCCAACAACAACAAACCACAACUAGAUGUUCCGUCGGCAAAGAGGAAAUCCUUAACAAACAAGAAAAACCAUUCUGAUGAUGAAGAUGUUCCCUUGGCCAAGAGGAACAAGGUCACCAACAACAACAAACAACAACUAGGUAAAGAUGUUACAUUGGCAAAGCGGAAAUCAUUAACAAACAAAAGCAAACCGAAACCAGUUUGUAAUAGGAAGAUGAAGAUACAGAAGAAGCAAGAUGAGGACCAACUGAUCCAAGGUGUCGAAGCAACUGUCCAAGAGGAAGAAGACGUUUUGAUUAAUGAAUACUUACCAUUGGAUCAAAGUGCCAAGCAACGAUGGAAAGGUUGGAAACUUGUGCCAGUUUCGGAAAUGGUGUCAAAUGACGCAAAUGAUGAAAUUCAGGAGGAUGAGGACGGCAGUCAGGAGGCUAAUGGUAGCAUACGGAAGUCCAAGCGUAUCCCCAAGCGCAAGAGGGUGUAAGAGCAUAUUUCAGCUCAGCUCAAGUUAGGUUUUUUUUUGCAUGUCAAUCUUUCACGUUCCUCUGUUUCGUUCUGCGUUGUCGCUCUUUAUUUUAAUUUUUUUCCUUCCUUUAUGAUUUCCUUCCUUCUAUUUUUUCUCUCGCAUUAUUGUCAUUGCCUUUUUUUCUUGUGUCUCGAUUCAUCCAUUGUCUUUUUUUCUUGUGUCUCAAUUCAUCUUGGAAUGUCAAUUUUUCUUGAGGUUUUUUUUGGUUUUUUUUCUCCCUCUCCCCGUGUGAAAGACCAGUGUGCAACAGUUUGGUGCAUGCC